AUGGAUCCCUCGGGAGCUCAGCGGGUACAGUCCAACACGCAGGAUGCCCGCUUUCAUUACCCACAAUAUCGAAAUCAACCCCAACAGCAGUCGCAGGAACGACCUGAACCCUCGCCAUAUGCCCAGCCAUCACAGUACUCACAAUUCCCUCCACAUCCUUCAGUUCGACCGCCUCCUGGAGCCAAGCUGAGUGCUCGUCAGGUCCCUCUUGGUGUCGGAGUUGCUCCACCGCCUGUAAGACCGCAAGAGCGUCAGCAACCACGUCCGUCAAACUCAGGCGUGUUGAUACAAGACUUCAGAUUUCCACCAGCACCCCCGGCACCAGCAUCCAGAAGUAGGCAGGACCAAGGGGGCCAACCGUUUCCUGGACGGAACAACAUGCACGAGUCCUAUAUGUCAUCAGUAUUAGACGACUUUACACCCGGAACAACGCCUGGCUCCCGCUCUCGUGGCUUUCCAACCCCUCGGGGGCGAUAUUCAGGCUCUGUAUAUGCCGAGAGCGAGGCACUAGGGAUGGACGAGCGAUAUCUACAGGGCAGGUAUAGCCCCGAAAUCACAAGACCCAGUUCUCCCGACUCCUCUCCACAGAUAGUUCGUCAAGCCAGCGUGGGAAAGCGUGCAAAGCCAGCUGUGACCACCAUCAAAAGUCGAACGAGCCAUCUCGAGCAAGACAUCCCCGAAGAAGUUUCCACUCGGACUCCAGCUAGCAAAAAUGCAGCUAUGGCUGCAUUGAGCGCUGCAAUUGCAGCAGGUACGGGAUCAAAGCCCAUUGAUUUCAACGACAGUGCUCAAGGAUCCAGAAGCUAUACGCCUGUGAGAAUGCCCUUCGAUGGAUCUCCCCCUCCCUCCCCUUCCCAGGAUCGAGAAUACUUACGCACCCCUAAAUCUGCCACCACAUUUGCAUCCGGCCACAUCCUGGCCCAAUCAACGAGUCAUGGCGAAUCUCUGCCUAGUACUGGUCACUCGCGGAAGUCUACCAAUCCAUUGCUCGGUCUGGGCAUCGAUCAGCCCGCUGCAAUGAGCAACAAGAUCCCUGCUAGUAAGAGACCUCCAAAGUUAGACAUGGACGCAGUCAGGGAAGCCGAAGCUCGCGGCAGCACAACCAGUCUUGCUGAUCUCAUCAAGAGAGCAACAAAAUUAGCUGCAAAUCUAGACAGAGGUAAAACAGCCAGCCGCCUGGGAAUGCUGGAUAUGUUUGGCAGCCAGGAAAAGCUUGCCGGAAACAAUCGUCACUCUACUAUGUCGGACAUGAUAUCAGCGUUUCCUGCUCCUGCAAUUGGAGGCACACCAACCAACCGCCGCGAUGCUGACUGGCCCCUGAGUGAGAAGGGCGAUCCUUACGCAUCAACGACAGAACUCUCAAAGACCAAAGCCAGGAAACAGCGACGGAAGUUCUGUGGGCUAUCUCUCCCAGUCUUCAUCGCUGUCCUCACCAUUGUUGUGGUGCUUAUCGCCGCGGCCGUACUAAUACCCAUCUUCCUAAUUCUUGUACCAAAACAAAACCGGAACAACAGUAAUGCUCUGACAAACUGUGCUGCAAAUUUUCCUUGCGAAAACGGCGGCACAAGUAUUGUCAGCGACGACAGAUGCAUGUGCAUCUGUUCUGAUGGCUUCACUGGCAGCCAAUGCGCAACAUCCGGGAAUACCAAAGACUGCAUAACUAUGACCCUCACAGAAGGCUCCAACGAGUAUGAAAAUGCAACCAUUGGCAGGUCUGUUAUGCCCGUUCUUUCGCCCCAGAACCGUUUCGAUGUACCUCUUAAUAUCUCAACAAUCCUAGGCGUAUUCUCCUCAAACAAUCUCUCAUGUUCAAGCGAGAAUUCCUUGGUUGAUUUCAAUUCAAGUGCAUUGAAUUCAGGAAACAACAAGAAACGCUUUAUCAUCCUACCAGAGUUUGAAUCGCCCGACUCUACUGUUCAGCCCCUAAUCAUUCACGCAGUGCCUGCUGUACCCCAGAUCACGAAUCCUGCAGCAUGCACAGGUGAUGUCCGCCUAGAGCGACGCCAGGACGGUGUAACUGUUGGUACAUCCAAUGGUAUCGUCUUUCAAGCAACCACAUCGACCGUUGAUAGUGGACCGAGUGAACCUGCGGGAACGGGUGGUCCAACGACCAGCAAUACUGUUCCCACAGCGUCUGAAUCAACAUCCGAAUCAAGCUCAACAACCUCCUCGAGUGGAAGUAAAAGCACGUCCACCGCUGCACCAUCCUCUAAAAUGACAGAUAAAGAGAUCGAAUUUGCCCAAGUUGUGGUUAUGUAUAUUUUGCAGGAGUCACGCUCCGUCAGCGUCGCUGUCAAUACGCAGCAGCAGAUCGAGAUGUUGUUCUCUCAAUCAGACGGAGAGGGCAGCAAUGUCAGAAACAACUCGGUGGAGGUUGGAUCUGGAGACCUGCAGCUGUUCGCGAGCUUCGAGGAUUUUACGAUAUCAUAUGGCAACUCGACAGUCACAACUGUUGUUGGAGGUGGCAAGUGA